AUGUACAUGGUGACGAGAGACGGAAGUUGUGUCGAAAAUGAAGAUCACUUCAAACCAACACCGAUCCCGCUCAGCGACUGGCCAAGCGACAAGCAGGAGGUGGCAGGAACGCUGCAGGAGAUCAUCAAGACUGAGGCGCCUCAGAUAGCGGAGCCCGCACAUUAUUGGGAAGAUGCGUUAAGGCACAGCGUGUACCUCACCCUUGUUAGAGACAAAAUUGACAAGCUAAUCGCACAGGGUGACUACAUAUCGCCAACUAACAAACCAGAAAACCAGAUGGCGAAAGACAUAGAUGACCACGACCUUUGGGAGAAAAUUAAAACAGCUCGCUUUGAAAGAUUAAAGGAGGAACCUAUCCCUCCCGCCGAAGUAGUCUUGUUAUCAAAAGGUAGAUUGGUAGAAGAUAAAGAUGGUUACAAGUUUAUAGAAGAUAAUGUGUUGUGGAAGAACUGUAGUGAUAGUGAUUGCUCAAAAGAUGUCAAAGCGUAUUGGUCAGUAAAGCGGAUGAGGCAAAGUGAUGGGAGGUCUGGGAAAUACACUUACGAACUAACAUUUUCAGUGACGUCACAAACGAAUAAAAAAGUGAAAAAGCCUUAUGAAAACCCAGUAAGAACUUUUACUAUUAAGGAAAAUGCACCAACCGAACGGCCGCAAGCGCGAAAUCAAGAAAUGGGAGGCAACCGUAACUCGGGGAGACCUCAACGUGCUAUAUGGGUUCAUAGAAACAUAAAUCCUGCCAUAAGACGUCCACAAACAUACGGCCGCGGCUUGGACAGAUUAUUUUCAUCUUUGUUCUCUGAUGAAGAUAGUUACGAGGAUUUACCUUUGUUCAGGCAUAAGACCAAGACACAGAAAACGUACUUGCCUAAUUUGUACCCACAGCACUCAAAAGUCGGCUUUUUGGAUGACAGGGAACUUUUUCACCAAAAGAAACUGUCUUAUCCUUUACCAUAUACGAGAUUCACGCACCCGCCGAUCCCACCACCGGCGGUGCCGUACGUUCAGCACCCGUACACAGAUACUAGCGUACUUCCGUAUGUCCCACCUCACCCGGACAAUAGACAUGUCCCGUCUAACAUAGUUAAGACAACUAGACCCGCAGUACUGCCGACACCGAUCACUAAUCACCCGCUACACAAAGAACCAACUAUUGAAUUUCCUGUUAAGACUAAGUUCAAUACUACCGAAUACACAACGAAAGUACCGGAUUUAGUAACGACUUUUAAAAUGUAUACUAACCCAAAACCGUCUCCAGUAAAGAUAAGUUACGUAACAGAUCACAUCAGGCCACCCGUUUAUAGCGCGCCGCCCGGUGUUUUCGUUACCAUGGACAAGAAACCCUUCAAACCGAUGCCUCCGCUAAAGUAUAAUCAUUCAAACAAACCAUCAAAACAUACACUUCCAGAUUUCCGUCCAAGCCCCCAAGUACUAGAUACUCAAUUCUCCGACCUUGAUUUGUCAGUUGACUCCGCCUUUAGACCAAUAAACUUGAAUUACACUGAUUUUGAAUAUCACGACGUUGGUAGUAAGAGUAACAAGAAUGUACGAAAACCGAACGCAGGAAAGAGACCACCGAAAAAGCAUGAACAUAUAAAACUUGGUCGCCUGACCACGGUGUCACCAGACAUAAUAACUGCUCAAAGUCUGACAAUGGAAGAUACUUCGUUAGAGUGGGCUAAUAUUUUAGGAGCUUUCACUAAAACCACUCCAAUGGCAUCGCAAAGAGAAAAGAGUACUAAGGUAAAUAGCGAAGCUAUUACGACAACAACACCAUUGUCGACAACAUUAAGCGAAGAAAGUUUGGAAGACGUUGAGGAUUCUGUAGAAGAGGUGAGUCCGUCAACAAGCACAACAACUACCACCACCACUACAACGACACCCGCCCCUAAACCUAAGAAGCGUACACGUCCGCCACCAAAGUUCAACAAACAAGAAAAAAUUAAAAAACAUAAACGCAUCACCACAACAACAACAACCACAACGACGACGACGACAGCUAAGCCAACACGAACGUUUCCUAUUAAGAAACCAUCAGAUGACUUGACACCCCAAGCGAGCUCUGCCGCAAGCAGCGGGACAAAUUCUAUUCGCGACAUCAAAGUACAUAAGGCACAAAGUACAACAAGUACAUCAAGUCCAACUACAUCCAGCUCGACGCCGCGAACUACGACAACCGCUAAACUGGCUACAACCAGUGUUACAACCACAUCUACUACGACAUCAUCGAGCACCGCCGUGGACACCGAACAGCCGGUUGUGACCACGCAACCGAAGAGUAAAAACCGUUUCAGACAAUCCACAUUGAUGCAAAAGGGCACAUCGGUGAAUCACGACAAAUGGUCAGCAAGUACAUCUCUCGAUAGAAAUCGAACGAGUCAAUCACCCCUUCAAAAUCCAGCAAGAAGAAAAGCUUCUAAAUUCCAAGGAUACAUUCCUGCGAGCACUCCUAGAAACCCAGAUGUUGAUAAGAAAAAAGAUGAUCACAAGGAUUAUGGCUUUGUUAAUCCGAAAAGCCUUACACAGACCAGCUCCACCACAGAACAAACAGAGCAAGAUAUUGAAUUUACAAUGAAACAAACCAUUCCAGGUACGUACGAAGAUCAAGAAUAUACCAAUGAUGAUGAUUUAGAAAAUUUGACAGAUCAAACAGCACCAAAAGAUGAUGCUGAAUACAUCUUUUCCACUGCGGCCAUAACCAAAGAAACCAAAUCAGAUGAUGGUGAUAGAGAUGAAGACGAUGAUUAUGAUAAUAAUAUAGAAUAUCAAUCAACAACCACUGAAAAUACAGUUGUUGCAUCACCAUAUUCCGUACCAAAGAAUAAAACAAAAUGCAAAAAGAAGAAACAUUAUAACCUUACAACUACCGAAGGAGCUUUACAAUCAUCAAGUGAAACAGUGAAGAGCCCUGAGAAAUUCACGAUGACUACUACCCCCAGUACAACAGAGAGGUCAGCAACACAAGAUAUACUGACAGAUCUGUUUGGAGGGUUUACAAUGGAUGACGAGAUUGAUGCAUUUACUACAGAACGUUUAAUUACAACACAGGAGGAACAGAAACAAAGUCAAAGCGAGAAACAUGAACAAUAUGUCACGCUCGACGACGACCUUGAAGAGUUCCUGUAUUCCCUAGAAGACAAAAAUAAAGAAGACAAAAAUAUCAAUAUUUCAGACGAAUAUGAGGAGGAAGACAAAGAUUCGCCAUUUAACAAUGACGAAGACAAUUUAGAUAAUAGUGAGGAUUAUUAUGAAGAACCCCGAGAAGGUAAAGACCGGCCAUUCAGCUUACUAGAACUAAUGGCUAUGGAAUAGACUGAAUGUUGUCUUAAACUUAAUACUCAUACUCAGUGCUGUAGCUUUAAAUGCAGUCUGUCAUUGAUCUCUGAGCACUGGCAGUGACCAAUGAAAGCUAUUUAUUAAAUGUGGAGUGUUAUGAUACAAAUAAUUUAGAAGCAUUUACUGCCAAGAAGACUAACUGGAAACUCUUUUUCUCGAGAAGUAAAAGCAGAAACUUCCUAAAUUGUAAAAAAAAUACCAAUAUUGUUUUCGACAAUAAGAUUUUUCAGUUUGGUAUGGCUAUCAAAAAUGAAAGUUCUAGAACUUGCACGAAUCCUAUGUCCUGUAUUACUGGAAUGUAAAUAUUUAAGUUCGAUAAGUUAAAAUUAAGUUUAAUAAUAUUUUUGUAUAAUAUAUUUUUUAUAAAUAUGUUUAUUUUGAUUGUUUUUCUUACCUGCUCCUUCCAUGGAGUACUUGUAAAUAGGUUCCGGUUUCAGAGGAACAAAUGCUGCAAAUGAUUCUGGGACCAUUUCCUUUAUUCUUUGAUGGUAUGACAACCUAUAAGAAGAAAGAAGAAAAAUAUAGUUGUAGCUCAAUGCCAAGUUUUAUAACUCUUAGGAAUGAUUGACUUGGAAAAUAAUACAUUUUCACUCAACAUUAGCCACUUUCUCUUACUAUGUAUCUAAUAAAUUAAUACAAACUCAAGUCAUACCUCAAACAUUUUCCAAGGACUUCCCUAACAAAUCUAGGUUUAGGAUGGUCCAUGUCUAGCUGGGUGCAUGCCUCCCAGUCCUCCCACGACCAACGGUAUUGGAAGUUACUCAAGUGGUACGAGAACCAGUUGACAAAUCUGAAAAUAGAAAUAUUUAAU